CCCUCCGAUGUUCGGGACGCGCGGCGAUGACGACGUCCAAAGCGUUCGUCUCCUUAGCGACGCGAUGUCCGGGCGAAGGGGCCGCAGCCCGCUGCAGGGGGCUCAGCGGCGGGGCCGCGAGCUGCGGCUGCAGGUGGAGGCACUGCUUUCUGACAGCAAGGAGAGGGGGGCCCUAGACCCUGCGAAAAGGAAGUACCUUUUUCAGAGAUGUAUGGAGUUGAAGAAAUCAGUGGAUGAAAAUACAUCUGUUCUUCAAAACUUGAAAAAAGCUGAUGAGCCUGCUCCUGUGGGGAAUUAUAAUCAGAGAAAAGAAGAGGAAGAAAAACAAUUGUUAACACUCUCUCAGCAGCUACAGAAACUUGCUGCAGUCCUGAGUCAGGACAAUGUGAGCAAGGGUUACAAUGUAGACGGGAAAUGUCAAAAUAGUCCUCAAACAGAACAGGAAAAUGAGGAAGAGGAGGAGGAGGAUGAAGAAAGUAGUGGGGAGGAAGAUGCUGAAGAGGAGGAGGAGGAUGAUGAUAAUGAUGAAGAAGAGGAUGAUGACGAUGAAUUGGAAGAUCAACCAACAAUUAAAGAAUGUAUCACAGUUGGUGAUUUUGUUGCUCAGCAGGAAGGGGAUCUCACGUUUAAGAAAGGUGAAGUGUUGCUCAUACUUGACAAAAAGCCUGAUGGUUGGUGGAUGGCUAAAAAUUCCAAAGGGGAGAGAGGCCUUGUUCCUAAAACCUAUCUCAUGGCAUGCAAUAAAGGAGUUGGCCGAGAGCCAAGUGAAGAGGAAAGUGAGGAAGACAUAGAGGUGGUUGAUGAAACAGCAGAUAGAACCGAAAUUAAAAAAAGAACAGAUUCUCACUGGAGUGCUGUUAGAAAAGCUAUCACAGAGAAUAAUACCAUUGAUGUGUUAGCAACCAUGGGAGCUGUUCCUGCAGGAUUCCGACCAUCAACUCUCUCCCAGCUCUUAGAAGAAGGGAAUCAGUUUCAAGCCAGUUACUUCAUACAGCCUGAAUUGACUCCUUCACAACUGGCUUUCAAAGACAUAGUGUGGAACCCUGAAAAAGACACUAUUCAGCCAAGACCAACUCGAGUGUCACUCAUUUUAACUUUAUGGAGUUGUAAAAUGAUUCCUCUUCCAGGAGUGAGCAUACAGGUUCUCAGUAGACAUGUUCGACUCUGUCUUUUUGAUGGUAACAGGGUACUGAGUAACAUUCAUACAGUUAGAGCUACAUGGCAACCUAAAAAUCCCAAAACAUGGACCUUCUCUCCACGGGUAACAGGCAUCUUACCCAGCUUGCUUGAUGGUGACUGUUUUAUCAGGUCCAAUUCUUCAUCUCCAGACAUUGGUAUAUUAUUUGAACUUGGCAUCACUUAUAUUCGCAAUUCAACUGGUGAAAGAGGAGAGUUAAGCUGUGGUUGGACAUUUCUAAAACUCUUCGACUCCAGUGGAAUUCCAGUUUCUUCCAAGACAUAUGAGCUUCUUUUGAAUGGUGGCACACCCUAUGAGAGAGGUAUUGAGGUGGACCCAUCAAUAUCAAGAAGAGCAAGCAGUGGUGUUUUCCAUCAGAUGAUAACACUAAAGAAACAGCCUCAACUUCUAGUGAAACUGAGAUCAUUAAGCACACGAUCAAAAGACAUCCUGAAUCUGCUACCAGAAACGUUAAUUGGCAGUAUGUGCUACAUUCAUCUCUUGAUAUUUUAUCGACAAAUUCUCAGUGAUGUGCUCCUGAAGGACAGAAUAAGCAUGCAAAGUGCUGAUUUAAUCAGUAAUCCUAUUUUAGCAACUUUCCCCAAACUCAUGGAGCAGCCUGACCUUAUGGAUGCACUUAGGAGUGCUUGGGCAGAAAAGGAAAGCACAUUAAAGCGAUCAGAAAAGUCCACUUUCCUCCCAGAGCAUAAGUGGGCAGAUGAAGAGUCUGAAGCCUCGCGCUGGAAAGUGAUUGCUGACUUCCUGAAGCGGAACCAAGAAAAAGACAGUGCACUCUACUCUCUGCUCUCCUCAGAAAGUGUUCACAAAGCUUUUGAUAUUUCAGAGAUCACAUACGACUUCUUAGGGCAAGCAAGGAAGAGCAGUGCCUCAGUUUGAGUGGACUUUUAAGGCCCUUACACUGAUGCGUGUACAAGACUAAAUUAAAAACAUAACUAAUCAUCUUACCAAAAUGAGAGAGGAUUAUAUUACCACAUGGGUUGGAUUUAUUGUUUGUCCAAAGCAUAUUUUGCAAGCAAAUUGUAUUGUACAUAACAAUAUUUGCACAUCAUAAACUUUUUUUUACACAGCAUAUACUACUGGUUUAUAACAAGUAUUUUAUCUCCUUAUUUACAUGAUUUUACAAAAAAGCUUUGUUUUCAUUUUCAAAUGAGUACCGUUAUCAGUGAAAUCCAUUGCUCCUCCUGUUUUGUGUAGCUGAGUGUUGUGAAGCAAAAGUAACCCAUUAUCCUCCUUCAAAAACCCUCCUUAAAACUCUCCUUUGCCGCGAUGCCUACAAAAACCGGCUAGGCUGCUGGUGUGCUGAGACCACAACCUGUCAUGCUGAGACCAAUAUUGCCUUAUUGUUUCCUUGUACUCCCAUAUGGGUUUGUCUGCAUCCGUCUGUUGUCUCUUGACUUAUAUUUAGAUGAUCCCUCCCUCAAAGAGCUGACAAUCUUUUUGUUCUAUGCCUAGCAACUUGGGAUCUUGCUCAAAUAAAUUGGUUAGUCUCUAA